AUGUUCCCAUCAACAACAACUACAGUAGCCCCGACAAGCCCAGUAUACCAACAUAAUCCAUACAAUCAUCCUACAUACUCAACCCAACGACCAUAUGUAGCUACACCAUCAUAUGAUAGCUACAGUACUAGGCCCACGUAUUCUCAAAGUUCAUAUCAGGCUACACGGGUCCCAGGAUAUGAUUCAAGAUAUCAUCCGGAGUACGAACCUCGAAACACCGGGGUUAGUACUGACCGGUCAAAUGAUCAAAGUCGAGGCCAAAGUUAUGCUAAUGGUCAAUCUCAAUACGAUACUCAAAAUCAGAUUGUAGAGGCUUCCAGAUCACAUCAGAAUUCUCAAUCAAGGUACGGUGGCAAUCAGUAUAGUAAUCAACAUAGUACUGCACAGCAAAGUGAUUACCGUAAUCAGCCUAAUACUAGCCAGCAAAACCAGUACCACAGCCAAAGUGCUCAACCAUCCCAUGCUCACAACUACCAACACUACCCUCCAAAUCGUCAUGCCGCUGUAGACUGUCCAGUAGACCCACAACAAUGUAAACUACCGGACUGUUUCUGUUCCAGAACUGGACUAGACAUCCCGGGAGCCUUUGAUGUGGCUGACAUUCCACAAAUGGUACUAUUGAGUUUUAAUGGGCCUGUGAAUGACAGAGUUAUCAACAGGUUGAAGGCCAUCUUCGACGGAAAGUAUCGGAAUCCGAACAGAUGCAGAAUUGGAGGAACGUUGUUCGCUAACCACGUUCACAACAACUACGACCAAACACAAUGGCUACUAAGUCAUGGGGUUGAGAUUGGACUGAGCUCUAUGAGGUGGGUUAAUGGUUAAACUAUAGUAUAACUCCUCUAUAACGAACAACGACGUUAAAAUUUCAGCUCAGACAACAUGUCAACCGCAUACGAACGCAAAUGGUACGAUGAGCUAAACGGAAUGAAAGCAGCAUUAGAGAAGUUCAGUUACGCCAAUCGCUCUGCCAUUGCCGGAGUCAGAGCACCAAAAUUCGAAUCCUCCGGCGAUUCCCAAAUGAGAACCCUAACUCAUCUUGGCUACAAGUACGACAGCUCACUACUGGUCAAAGACGGACCCUUUUGGCCACAAACUCUGGAUUACCGUGCUCCUUGGGAAUGUGAAUCCACUGAAUCUUGUGUCAGGGAUUCUCAUGUUGGUUUAUGGGAGGUACCAGUAGUACCAUAUCAUUGGAAUGACAAGUCGUAUCUGAAGCUAGAAGAUAUGGCUGGUACGAUGACCAAAGUGGAGGACUUAGUCAAGGCUUUGAAAGAGAACUUUGAAGCUCAUGAGGAAGCUAACAGAGCACCAAUGCAUAUCGUACUGACAGCAGGGUUCUUGAACAUGUUCCCUGAUGCUGGAGUGAUUAAUGCGCUACAGCAGUUCAUUUCGGAGGUAUGGCGGGUAGUAGGGACUUUAUUUAGGUGGGUAGCAGGGACUUUAGUUUAGCUGGUAUAUGAUAGAUAAGCGUAGGGUAGAGUAAGGUUUGGCAAGCUAAGGAAAAUUGUGAUAAGUUAGGGUAGGAAGCUGGAGAAAAGUGAAAGCACAGCUAGGGUAAGGUAAAGUAGGGUAAAAUGGGAUAAACUAAGGCACUUGUCAUAACAAAAAUAAUUUUUUAAAUUUUUUUUUCAGAUUUUGAAAAAAGACUACGUUUACUUCGUAUCUACGCGACAAGCCAUUGAUUGGAUUAGCCAACCCACCCGACUCUCGAAACUACACAACUUUAGGCCGUGGAGUUGUAGACGCUCAACUAUGGGCACUAUUCAACCUUGUGAGGUAAGUUUUGUCAUAUGUCAGUCAUAAAAUAGUAUUCUUUUCGUACCAGUUUAUGACUAAAAGUUGAAAACUGUAUUAUUAACAACCAAGCCGGCUUCAUUAAAAAUUACGCCUUUCACUUAAUUCUGCGCCCCCUCUUUUUUGUUGUUACGCAAACAAAUUUUUUAAACAUUGGGUCAGAGGGCACAGAGUUAAGUAUGAUAUUGUGCCAGGAGGCGAAGAAUUAAGCCUAUUAGACAUCAAAAACAAUAUCUUUUGUUACAAAAAUAUGAUUCCUUUUCAGAAUCCGUCCGUAUGCACCUUUAUGAACACCCGUCAAGGAGGACCGACUCCACAUUCCUUCAAGGUUUGUGGAAGUUGUCCCAACGUGUAUCCAUGGCUGGACGAUCCGACUGGCUCUGGGAUCGGAAAAAAGUGA